AUGGAAGCGGACUGCAGUUCAAAGGAGCAAGCGAGGAAGGUGGGGAAUACGAGAGUGGAGGCACAGCGUUUGGCGGAACAGUGCCAGACGGAGGAGAAGAGGCAGAGGGAGGGGGAUAGGAAGAAGAGGCUCGAGGAACAGAGGCGAGUGGAGCUCAAAAAGAAGGAGGCGCGGCAGAGGGAGGAGGAAGAGAGGAAGAGGCUAGAGGAGCGCGAAAAGGAGGAGGCGCGGCAGAGGGAGGAUGAAGAGAGAAAGAGGCAAGAGGAGCACGAAAAGGAGGAGACGUGGCAGAGGGAGGAGGAAGAGAGGAAGAUGCUAGAGGAGCGCGAAAAGGAGGAGGCGCACCAGAGGGAGGAGGAAAAGAAGAGGCUCGAGGAACAGAGCGGUUGGAGGCAGCAAAGCGAACAGAGGGACCUUGAAAUAGAGCGUCAAGAAGCGCAGGAGGAGAUGGAUCGUAUUGCACGAUUGGAGGAAGCCGCAAAGGAGGAAGAGGAGAGGCAACAAAAGCAGUUAGAGGCAGAAACGGAGAAAAUGGAAAAUGAGAGGCGAAGGAUUGCGGUGGAGGAUGUGGAUGGCCAGCAGAGCAAGGGCAGGGAGGAGAGGCGGAAGGAGUAG